AUGAGAAAGAUGCCCUUCGACCGGGAGAACGGACUAGUCUACACCGAGAGGGUCAUGAAGGCGAAUGGCCAUAGAAGAUGCUUCUAUGAUAAGCACCACAUGCCUUCACUCGAAUUACCCAAACAUCCAGAUCGUGGUGCCAGGUCGCUAGUCGACAUGGCGAAAGGAACACUCUUCCGAAACACGGACAUGCUCGACGCUAGCUCUUUGCAAGGUCUGACACAAGGAGUAAUCGAACAACUAUGGAGAUGGGCGAACGAUUGCAAUGCAGUAUCCCUUCAUGUCUGGCAAGUUUUCGCACGCACCAAUCGUUUGAUGGUGCACGACAUGAAAAAACGCCGCAUCCCGUGUAUGAGGCCAGCAUGUCUUGCAUCAAUUGCAAAUGAUGCCAACAUGGCUUGGCUCGUUCGUCUUACGAUCAAGGAUUUGGCCAUCGACAUGGACGAUGCCAUCUCGAUAAGGAAAAUACCGAACCUUCAAACGUUCUACAUUCGAGGAUCAGGUGCUAGACAGGAAGGCGUCUCUGACCGAAUCUUGCGGGCCUGGGCGUCUGCAGCGAAGGAUUUAGGAGCGAUGUCCAAGCUCGAGCUGAUGUUCCUUGGCGCACAAUGGGACCUCACUCCGCACUCUCUGCAGUACCUGAGCCAUUUCCCUGCUCUACAGGUGUUCACUGUGUUUAGAUGUGGAGGAUACUGGGAGGAAGCUAUUCGCAAAGGACAAGGCGUAGCAGGCUGGAGUCUCUGCAAUCCCAAUCCUGUACAGCAGCUGAUCAGAAGUAACACCCGUGCUGGGUGCGACCUCGCGACCAUAUGGGCAGAGUUCGCCAAGAAUUUCAUAGCCAAUGCCAAAGGCAUUGCUUCAAGCAACAAGCCGGUGCUGCAAUUGAUCGGCUCCUAUAACCCUCGCAAUGGGCGCAAGAAACCCCGACAUAGAGACUGGAAAGACCCGAUUUUCUCGUUCCAGCGAGACACAAAGUUUCAAGCUGUGGCACCUGAAGCGACUGCACAGCCUGUGGCGAAGCGGCGGAAGCUCAAUAACAACGUAGGAGCCGCGAACUAUGAGCUGAUGACUGGCAAUGUUUGA